AUGCCAUACAUUCUUGCGGAUGGCGACUCGGCAUUCCUCCCUCAGGCUCCCUCCGUCCCCUGGACCGCUUCCAGAGCCGGUGAUGGACCCGGCCCUAAGGAGCCCAACAUGGCCCAGGCUCCUAAUGCCUGCCUCCCCUGCCCGGGCCAUGGGGUCUGGAGGGGGGCGAGUGGUGGCCGCCGGUGGGGUUUCAGAACGUCGCACAGCCCCAUGGCUCCACGUUCUCGAGAAAACAUCCAAAAAAACGGUCCGGCGAAUCACGUCCUCCGGGUCGACGGGCGGCCUGGCAUCGUACCCCCCCCCCCGGCCGUCGUAUCGGGUGGUGCUGUCCGGAUAGCCUGUGAGGAACAUCGUCACAGGACGAAUAUGACACUCGACUGCCGCCCGGUGCCGUCGCCGCUGACACGCAUGAUGCAUCCCGUGGUGGUUGGUCGUCGCGACGUCAAUCUGCAGAGGUCGAAGCAGCGCCGCCAGCUUGUCUCAGCCAGAAAGGCGACCGCGGUUCAUGUCAACGGCCUGACGGCGUCUCGUCUCAAAUUGCAACAGUCUCAGCUCAUCUGA